CCAAAAAAAAAUUCUACACACAGUAUUAAUCACGCGGACAAUUUUAUACACAGAGUGUUAUUGAACAGUAUAAUCAAUAUAAUAGAGAAGGAAUUUGUUUGUUACAAAAGGUGGCAAAAAUUGAGUGAAAUUGUACAUAUAUUGCUCACAUAAUUGCACACGAGGUUUUCAAUUUGGAAAACAGUGAGAGGAACGCAUUCCACAGGUGCUGAAAGAAACUCUUUAACAAAAAAAAAAAACAUUCCGAACCGCAAAGUUGGUGAAUUUCUCACAAAAAAUACGUCUUCUGGUGUCUCGCGUAUUUUAUAUAGAAGAAAAGUUUGUGAGCUUUUCCCUCCCCUGCCCUGUUCCAAGUUCAACACAGCAACGAUUGGAUUUUGUUCUCAAUUUUUUGGUCUUCUUUUUUGGGAAAUUCACAACUUCUCCUCCAAUGGAAAUACUUCAUGAGAGUUACUGCAGCUGGUAACGAUGCAGCAUGCGAGCUUUUUGUACCGUCAGCGCGCCCCUCGAGGUCUGCGCGCCACCCACACGCCCACUGUGUCCAGGUGCAAGAUUCCUAGCGCUAAGACUGCUGGGUACACCACAAGCGCGCACUCUUUACUUUCUAGUAGAAGCCAAGAGUCGCGUACGCGAAGUCUAUGCACAGACAUGCCUUCAUUUUGCCAAGCAGGGUAUGCUCGAUACAGAACUCUUCGGUCUGGCUGUUCUCACAGAUGGCGAGUAUCUCUUUGCCGAUCCCGAGAGCAAAUUGUCCAAGUACGGCCCCAAGAGUUGGCGUUCAUCUCACACGCAUGGCCUCGACGCAAAUGGUCGCCCUCUCCUGGAGCUGCAUUUUCGUGUGCAGUUCUACAUCGAGAGUCCGCUAAUGCUACGAGAUGAGACCUCCCGCCAUUACUACUACCUUCAGCUGAAAGCCAACGCAGUGUCCCGUGAUGUGCCACGUGAGUGUUCGGAACAGAGUCUCCUCCUGCUUGGUGGUUUAGCCCUCCAGGCGGAUCAUGGGGAUUCUCCGGAGGAGCAAUCAACCGACUACUUUCGCCUCGAAGACUACAUACCAUCUUCAAUGCAUUCCUCAUGGGGUGCAUCGGCGCUUAACUCCUGCCAUCGUGAGUACCGUGCCAUGUCACGUGCAGACGCCGAGACGCACUACAUACGUGAAGCUUGUGCCCUCCACGAAGCCAUAAAUGCCCACAUGUUCCGCAUGAAGAGCACAAAGGGUGACACAAGUCCAGGAUCUGUGUGGCUGGCGGUAUAUGCGAAGGGAAUUAAAAUUCUCGGGGAUGCCAGUACAUCAACCACAUUCCUCUGGCCCACAAUAAGUAAGCUCAGCUUUGAACGGAAGAAAUUUGAAAUUCGCUCGGGGGACAACAAGAUCACCCUGUAUGCGAGUAGUGAUGAGAAGAAUAAGAUGCUCCUGGCUCUUUGUCGGGAAACCCAUCAGUUCUCCAUGAAGAUCGCCCCACGAUUGACGGAGGCAAUAAAGCGCGAAGAGGAGGAGAGUAGCUGCAUCCACACGUGCUACAUGUACUCACGAUCGCUGCCCUACAACAAGAACAAGAAUGAUCAACGUAUAUCGGUGAUUAGUAGUACGAGUAGCAAUACAACGUCCGGCAUUAUAAGUGAUCGUGUCCAUUCGGAGGAUGAGCUGGAGAUUAUGAUCAAUUCCCCUCCAGCUGUACCCAUUGCAGCCCCCAGUACGGAGAGCUUAGCCCUGGCACAUCUUCUCGAUCGACCCAGUGUCAGUCGGCAGGCAUCUUCCGUUGGGCAGGUCUCCCUGAAGGGCUUGGAAGACACCCUGGCGGCACUGAGUGUGCGAUCAACAAGUAGUGGUGGUGAAUCAGCUGAACCGCAAGAACGCAAUUCCGCACCAGCAGAUCGUACUUCCAAUGACACAGACUCACCGGGAUCGCAGCACAACAUCAGCUCACAGUGCUCCUCAACGUGUAGUACUGUUGUUGUAGCCACUGAUACCACAACCCUUCCGAGUCCACCACAAACCAAUACAAGACGCCAUAGCACCUGCUCAAGUCUCGAACUUGGCUUCAGUCACACCGCACAGAAUUCUGUGCUGAGUGAAGUCACCUCAACGUGCCUCAAUCACGACGAAGAGGAAGAAGAAGGAUCCUCCCUCGGAGUCUACACACUCGCACACACGGCCCCACCAACGGAAACCAGCGGUGUGUACACGAUGAAUAGCAGUGAAAUGGCCGAAUCUGAGAGUCACGAAUCCUCCCACUAUGGAAGUUUCCAGCCUAAUGAGAGUAUCGCAAAUCUCGAUUCAGUGGAUGGAGAUGACUUUCGGCACAGGCUCAAUAGUGACGCCACAACGGACUUCCGUGUACGUUCUGACUCCAAUGUGAGUGCUUCGGGUUCCUUUAGGGGUGAUGGAAGUGAUCCCACGGACAAUAAGCAUGCCCUCCUGAGUGCUGAAGAAUUGACUGACCUCAUCGUUGGGAGGGGUACGUACCCAAAUAGGAAGACUGUGAGCAAUACGUUGGAUUCUGAUUGUGACUACGUGACACUACCACUACCGCUGGAGGGUGAUAGCUACAUUCAAGGGCAUCAGGAUACAGCACCGACUGAGGAGGAAUUCGAAUUGGAUAUAAUGGCAAAUCCACCGGCACCACCAAAACGAAUCAAUAGCACUGGAAGGAGUUCUUUGGCAAACAUUGUACCCGCACGGAGAUCACCACCUCCCUACAAUUCACGCCAUGAAACGACGGGUUUGUGUGGACCGGCUGUACGUGAGGAAGUACCUGUGAUUCCCCUACGGGAUCCACCACCGUAUCCACAGCAACCAACCCCAAGAGCUCCUCCACCGAGUGCACCCCUUCCCGCAGCAACUUCCCUGAGUUCAGUGAUCCCCGAAGAGGCAGCAGCGAGAUUUAUCACCACACGGCCACACAUAAAUAUCCUCAAGGCGCAUACGAGUGUCGUGGGGGAGAAACCGAGCUUUGCAGCACCCACAAUUCAACCAUCAACGCCCGCUGUUACCCCCACAACAUCAACCCUGAAUGCUCCGACGACAAUUGGCAUUCCCAUUGUGCCGUAUAGCCUGCAUACACCCCACAAGAGCAUGUCUGCCAUUCCACCACCUCAUACACCCUAUUUGGAAGCCACAAACACAUCUCCACGCACCUGCGUUCUGUUGCCGGUGAUAAAACCCCGGCAGUACCUUCCACCACCCCCACAGACUCCUCGUCAACCACCUCCACCCCCUCCACCACAGCUCGCCACGGUGUACUCAUCGCAAUUGGCACGAUCGCAAAUUGAGCUGUACCAGCAGCAGCUCUACAGUGACGUGGACUACGUGAUCUACCCCAUUCAGGACCCAGCAGUGAGUCAGCAAGAAUACCUGGAUGCGAAGCAGGGGUCAAUCCUAGCGGCAAUGGCACAGAGUCCACCGCCACCGCCGUAUUUAGCCUACCACGCGGCACCAUCCACAAGUUCCUGGGACACCUGCAAAGGUCACACAAUCUACCGUUCUACGCCCUACUUGCCAAUGGCUGUGCCACUCUCCACCCACUCACGCUACGCCUCAACGCAGAAUCUCUCCGACUCGUACGUCCAACUCCCUGGUGCCUAUUCACCACUCUAUUCCCCAUCAGUGGCCAGCUUGUGCUCCUCGUAUGAGCCACCACCACCACUUCCGCUGCGCCCAAGACCCAUCAGCACCAAUUCCAUCUUCUCCAGAUCGCGUUCUGAUGACAAUAUUCUCAAUUCCAUCGAUGCACAGCCCAAGGCGAGGCGUCUACCACCUCCACCACCGGUGGAUGCCAAGAGGAAGCUCAAGCCACCCAUUCCGACGCCAACGGAAAAUCUUCCAGUAUCUGGCACAACAAGCAAAUCUGUCGCAGUUCCAUCUUCCGCAGUCAAGUCAGGUCAACAGGCACAGAUGAAUGGAACCACAAAGGCGGAAUGUAGCACAUCUCCACCCACAAUUGACAUCCUCACAAUGCGUGAGAAGAGCAAAAAUAUGGAUUUGCCCCUAAUCUCUGCCCUGUGCAACGAUCGAUCAUUGCUGAAGCAGACCAAGGCGUUCGUGAUGCCGCGUCACCCACGAUCGGGUAGUGGUCAGAUGCAGAGCGGUGUCCUGAGUCCCACUAUCGCUAGUCACACAGCCAUUAAGGGCAAGUACCCCGUUUCGGGUCUGAGCACCGUUCAGCUGGCCAAGCCACGCAAAUCCACCGUAAGUCAUCGCCAUCCCAGCGACAAGCUCCCCCCGUUGCCGUGUCAGUGUCAGACAAAACCCACGGAGGGCAAUAACUACGUGAUGGAUCCCACACCGACGCCCAUCAAGCAUAAAAGCUUCAAUUCCCAACCCAGCACGUAAUCUUUUGUGUUUAAAAAAAAAAGGGAAAAUCAUCAUUUUUUUAGGGGAACAUUUCACCCACCGACUGUUUCGUUUAAGGAAAUUUGUGAGCUUAAAUUUAAAAAAAAAUACUAAAAGAAUAAAAAAAUCUCUAGUAAAAAUUUCGCAACAUUCUCGUGAAGAAAAAAAGUAAAUCAAUGGAAAAAAUCUGUUCCAAGAGAAUUAGCCCCUUAAAGGAAAAAAAAACUAAUAAAAGAAAAAUCCUUAAAUUAAAAAAGAAGGAGAAAAGAAAGAAUAGAUAGAGUAUAAGAAAGCAAAAAAAAAAGUAGAAUAAAAUGUAAUUUUCUAAUUGAGAGACAAACAAACUGCAUGGAGAACUAAAAAAAAAUGAAGAAGAAAGAAAUCCAGUAAAUAGUAGAUUGUAAUAUUUGUUGUUAAAAGAAAAUGAUAAUAUUCAGGUAAAACAAUACCUCUAGGGUGUAACUUAUAUGACUUUUCACUUUUAAAAAGAGAAAAUUAUAACAUAAUUAAUAAAAAUUAUUAAUUUAGAGACAUUUCUGUACUACAAAAUCUCUUAAGUUUUUUUUUCUAUGUGUAAUGUGUAAUUAAACAUUUAGGAUUCUCAAUUUUAUUUUGUAAUAUUUUCAUUGUUAGACAGAAAAUCUUUGUAUUUUUUUAUACAUUUAAGAUUAUUAUUACUGAUGCUAGAGUAAUAAAAAUUUUCAAUUUUCAUG